GUUUCUAUAUUAGUGCUGGGUGUGUUAGUGUCACAUAUGUAGCUCAGGCUCCUUAGAGAAGGAUACACAUUGGACUUUGGCACUGAAGAGGUUGGACCACUACGUCUUCUAAAGGCCGUCCUGAUGUGGCAGAUCUGAAAAUAGAGCACCAUGUUGGAGCCUCCGGAUCCCAGCCAGGAGGUUGAGGAGUGGCUGUCUACCCUUCGUCUAUCCCAGUAUAUCCCCUGUUUCCAAGAGGGAGGAUACCAAUCUCUGGAAGACUGCGAGGACCUCACCGAUGAGCGCCUCCUGGAGCUUGAAGUCCUUCCAACGGGACAUCGCAGGCGCAUCCUCCGCAGUUUGGAAGCGCUAGGGGUGAAGCCUCCAAGUGGGGGAGAGGAUGAAGAAGAAGAAGAAGAGGAGGGAGGUGUACAGAAUGGGAGGCGCAGAAGGAAGCCAGUGCCCCAUCCUAGACAUAUCUUCCUAAAGGACAAGAACAGGGGGACAUCAUGUCAGCACAAUCAGCCAAAGGACAAGAGGCAGUAUGAGUUGGAGGGGAGUCUGAGUUUACCUCCAGGAGCAGGACUGGGAAUAGAAACAGAGGACAGGUACCUCCCUCCACCUCAACCUGCCCCACGCAAUCCCCAAAACAUUCAAACAUCCAAAUCUGCACAGACCAGCAUCCCUCCUUCAGUGUUCUCCAGCAGCAGCAGCAGCAGCAGCAGUGAGUCCCUCUGUGUUUCAGAAAUGCCCUCAGAUUGGGAGGUUUCCUCCAAGGACCCUUCGCUGUUGAGCCCCAACUCCGUGCCCCAUCCUAAUGAAAAACCCCAGCAAUCGAUGACUGAAGACGGAGGGGGGUUUCAGGGUGUAAUGGUGGAGAACUCCAUCUAUGAGGCACAGCCUAGUUUUAAGAGUCCCUCACGGCCACGGUUCACUCGCUCCUACAGGCUGAGACACCGACCUGUUCCUAAAAUCCCGAUUCAGACCAUACCGCCAUUUCAGGACAGGAGCACACCACCAGCGCAAACAACCAGCCCUGAAAACGUAACUGGCUCCGAAAGUCCCACGGGUGCAAGCGGCAUACAGAAAGCUUCACUUCAAAGUAUCUUGACACCUAUUGCUCCCUAUGGAGAGACGUUCCUGUACAACAACCCUGAAAUCGCUGAGGGCCAAGGCGCUAAAGAAGGGUUGCAGCAGGGGUUUAAGGAGAAGAUGAAACAGCGGAAACUGAGAAAAAAGACAUCCAAGCAGAAAGAGUCAAAGGAAAGCGAGUCUUCAUCGGCACUGACAGACCCAGACCCCUUCAAAGACGAGUAUUCAACAGUGGACGAGUGUGCCGGCUUUUUGCCGCGAGCCAUUUUAGACAAAAGUUUCGCUGUGAACCCUGAUGGUCUUGCUCCUGGUCCGGCUGCCACUGGCCCUAAGGACGGAUCCUUGAUCAUGGUGGACUGUGACCUCUACUCGCAGCCUGCAGACGCUCUGGGGGGCGUAAGCAGCAACGCGUUGCCUGACAUCUCCCCUUAUGCCUGUUUUUAUGGAGCCCCCAAACUCAAGAUGCUCAAAGUGGGUUGGCUGGACAAACUGUCGCCUCAAGGAAAUUGUGUUUUUCAAAGGAGGUGGAUGCGGUUCAAUGGCGAGAGUCUGGCCUACUACAACAAUGACAAGUUUUGGGGAGUGUGCCUGUCGUCAAUUUUUAUAUACUACCUGAGUUUGGUGCACUGGGACAUCACUGGUGAUCACAGAAAAAAGACAUCCAAGCAGAAAGAGUCAAAGGAAAGCGAGUCUUCAUCGGCACUGACAGACCCAGACCCCUUCAAAGACGAGUAUUCAACAGUGGACGAGUGUGCCGGCUUUUUGCCGCGAGCCAUUUUAGACAAAAGUUUCGCUGUGAACCCUGAUGGUCUUGCUCCUGGUCCGGCUGCCACUGGCCCUAAGGACGGAUCCUUGAUCAUGGUGGACUGUGACCUCUACUCGCAGCCUGCAGACGCUCUGGGGGGCGUAAGCAGCAACGCGUUGCCUGACAUCUCCCCUUAUGCCUGUUUUUAUGGAGCCCCCAAACUCAAGAUGCUCAAAGUGGGUUGGCUGGACAAACUGUCGCCUCAAGGAAAUUGUGUUUUUCAAAGGAGGUGGAUGCGGUUCAAUGGCGAGAGUCUGGCCUACUACAACAAUGACAAGGAGAUGUACUCCAAAGGUAUGAUCCUGGCCAGUGCCAUCAGACAUGUACGAGGACUGGGCGACAACAAGUUUGAGGUCAUCACUGCCCUUCGGACCUUCACAUUCAGGGCAGAAAGAGAAGGGGAGCGCCAGGAGUGGAUGGAAACUCUUCAGUCGGCCACACACCCCCCCGCCUCCGGCUCCCAGAAGCCCUCCGACAGCCUCCUCCACCCCUCCUCCACAAACAAGCGAGGCUUGCUGGAGCUCCGCGGUUACAAAGGCAGAGUGCUGGUGUCCCUGGCGGGGAGUAAAGUCAGGCUCUGCAAAACAGAACAGGACUAUAGAGCGGGACUGGCUAUCGCUCAGGUGGAACUCACGGCUGCCAAUAUUCAAGAAGUGGACCGCAGAGGCUUUGACAUAAACACGCCCUUUAAGAACUUCUGCUUCACGGCCGAGUCAGAAUGGGAGAAGAAGGAGUGGAUUGAAGCGAUCCAAGAAUCGAUCGCGGAGACACUCUCCGACUAUGAAGUGGCAGAGAAGAUUUGGUUCGACGAGGCCAACAGGAGCUGUGCCGACUGCCGCGCCCAGAGGCCCGAGUGGGCGUCCGUCAAUCUGGGUGUGGUCAUCUGUAAGAAAUGUGCAGGACAGCACCGCUCCCUUGGCCCGAGUAUUUCCAAAGUGCGGAGUUUGAAGUUGGAUAGCAGCAUCUGGAGCAAUGAGCUAGUGGAGCUCUUCCUGGAGGUGGGGAACAAGAAUGCAAACAGUUUCUGGGCUGCUAAUCUUCCCAUGGAGGAGGAGCUGUACAGCGGCGCUUCGGCGGAGCAGCGUGCCACGUUCAUCCGCAGGAAGUACAGGGAGAGGAAGUACCGCAGAGUUCUGGAGGGCUUUCAGGACCUGGAGCAGCUCAACCAGGCGCUUUGUGCAGCUGUGGUGUCGCCUGACGUGCUGCAGACGAUGGCGCUGGUCUUCAGCGGGGCAGAUGUAAUGUGUGCCACCGGAGAUCCAACCUACUCCACCCCCUAUCGCUUGGCUCAACGUUCCGGACAGAAGCUGCAGAUGGAGUUUCUGCACCAGAACAAACUCUCUGAUUUCCCCAGACUCGAGCAGUGGUCGGAGGAUCCCUCCCUGUCUGACGUCUCCCUCUUCAUGGAUGGCUUCCUCUACAUCUCCUCUGGCCCUGCCAAGUCGACGUUGGACCGCCGCAGAAGAGACGACAUGGCGCGUCGUUGGUGCACCUUGGAGGGCGGCUUCCUGACCUUCUACGAGAGCGAGCGGAGCUCGUCGGCCAUCGGCAGGGUGGACGUCUCGGCGGUGGUCAGCCUGGCUGUCAGCAACACUGAGACCAUGACUGGAGCUGGGGCUGUGUUUACCAUGGAGCUGUACCUGCAGACGGAGAGAGUUCUGACUGUCGGCGCUGAGACGCAGGAAACGCAGCAUGACUGGACCCAGGCGCUGACAAAGUGCUUCGUCCCGUCUAAAGUGGAGGGUCUGGUGCAGAGAGACAGCGAGCUGAUUGGCAAACUCAACUACAAGGAGGGCCAUGACCUGUACCACUGGAGGACGGGCUGGUUCAUGCUGGAAGGCUCGGCCCUGCACUUCAGCCCAGGCGAAGAGGAGGAAGAGGAGGAGGUGCUUCAGCUCAAACAGCUUCAGGAGCUCACUGUCUCCACACAUACCGAGGGUGAGGAUAAGAUACAAGUCCUGCUGAUGGUGGAGGGUGGAAGAACAGUUUACAUCCACGGCUUCAGCAAGGCGGACUUUGAACUGUGGCACUCUGCCAUCACUCUGGCUGCGGGCACGGACGGCAAAGCCCUCAGCGACCAACAGCUGACUAAAAAUGGAGUCCCCAUCAUAGUCGACAGUUGCCUCGCCUUUGUCACUCAGUAUGGAUUGUGUCAGGAGGGGGUCUAUCAGAGGCCUGGGGAACCCGCCCGAGUCGCCCUCCUCCUGCAGGAUUUCACCCUCAACGCCCGUAAUGUGAAGCUGAGGGAGAAGGAGCACCAGCUGGAGGACGUGACGGACACCCUGAAGAGCUUCUUGUCCCAAGCAGAGGACGCUCUACUGACCAAGGAGCUCUAUCCGUACUGGGUGUCGGCUCUCGACGAGAAGGACGAGAGGCAGCGAGUGAAGAAGUACUCAACCUUCAUCGAUAGCUUGCCAAAGAUAAACAGGUCAACCCUCGAUGCUCUGCUGCAACAUCUGUACAGGAUUCAGCAGUGCUCCCACCUCAACUGCAUGCCGAGCGAAAAACUGGCCACCGUUUUCUCCUCCUGCUUGUUCCAGACCCGGGGACAAACCCCACAGGAAAUUAGCGUGGUCCGUGACCUCAUCAACAACUACAUUACACUCUUCAAUGUCAAUGAAGACCAGGUGCAACAGAUGGAGAGAGAGAAUAGUUUUAUCUCACGCUGGAACGACAAGAAGGACACCACAUUCUCUCCAGCUGGGGACUUGAUCUUCGAGGUGUACCUGGAAAAGAGAGCCCCAGAGAACUGCUGUUUAAUCAAGGUCUCUCCCAGCAUGAGGUCCGGAGAGCUCGUGGAAACUGCGUUGAUCAUGAGGAACGUCCCUUGCGGCACUGGUGACUUCUGGACCACCUAUGAGGUCAUUGAGAAUGGAGAGCUAGAGCGGCCUCUGCACCACAGUGAGAAGAUUCUUGAACAGGUGUUGGAGUGGAGUUCCUUGGACUGCCCUAGUUCUGCUUUUCUUGUGAUAAAGAAGUUUGCAGGGGCUACAAGGGGGGCCGAUGGGAAAGAAGACCUAAAGCACUUCAAAAAAGGCGACUAUCUGAAGUUCAAUGACGGCUCAUCCAAACUGCUGUCGGGGCACAAAUUCCAGGACAAAUACGUCAUGCUGUGUGCAGAGAAGCUGAUGCUCUACAGAGAUAUCAAAAGCACUAAAGCAGAGAAAGUAAUCCCACUCAAAUCUGUGAAAUGUUACCUGGGCCUGAGGAAAAAGCUGAAACCCCCGACCAGCUGGGGCUUCACGGUCUACUCUGACAAACAACAAUGGCAUUUGUGCUGCGAGAAGCGGGAGGCGCAGGUCGGCUGGGUGACGGACAUAAUCAGGAUGAAGUACAGUUCUGACCUCUGUUCAAAAAAGACCGUUAACUCAAAAGACGCUGCAGAUCACAAAUCCUCCAGAGGGGGAGCUGUGGCUGAAGGCCGCAAGAUUUCACCACACAUCCCUAAUUCCAGCAAACAGCAGGUCAUCAAGAGGCAUUCUCUUGCUGCAGGCAACCAGGGCAACACCGAGGAGGCUGUUAUUAAGAGCCCCACAGCCAACUAUCCAAAGCCUAAUAACCUCCUCAAGCCCCCAGAUGUCCUGCCCACCAGACCCUCUGUGAACGCAGGCCAACCUCCAAGGCAUCAUUCUCCGUCCCCGUCCAGACACUCGCACCCUGGCUUUGCUUUGCCUUUUCCACCCAAGAGCGACUAUAAGACCAAUAAAAGACCAGUCCUGGGCGGGGAGGGUAUGAUGCCGUCAAAUCUGCUGAAUGAACUGAACUCGGUGCUGAGUAUGACCGGUCGCAGCGCCAAGAGCAAUGAGAGGCAGGAAGAGAAGUGAGCAGGAGACAGAACGAUUCUUUUCUGAUCAGUUUAAGAGACAUUACAGGCCCCAGAGCAGAAAGAGAAAAGUGUAGAGACUGUCAAAUGCAGAUGGAGACGAGGUGAGUGAGGGGGGGUGGGGUGGGGGAUCACAGCCUGAAGACGAUUUUGAAGCAGAGAUAUAUAAAGCGGUGCUGAUGCACGAGGGGAUGUGAGUAAAAACAGGUGCAGGAGACGUUGCAGGUCAUGCAGACCUCAGCUGGACAUGGCGCUGACCCAAGCACUACAAAACAUGAUUUAUGUACCACUCUUCUAAAGUCUGAGAUAAAUACGUCCUGCUGUCAGACCUCAGAGGUUUCCACAAAUACUCAAGCGCUUGCUCCGUUCUUGUACUUUUCCAGCUACUCUAAAAAAAAAAAAUUUAAAAAAAGCUGAAAAGAAUUGUUGUUAUAUGACUCAUAAGGGUAAUUAUGUACCUUUAUUUUCUUACUAGCACUUAUGGUGCAAAAGCUAUCUAAUAGAUUUGCACAUGUUAAAUAUUAAUCUGUUGUAUUUUUACUUUUAGUAUUGCAGUCCAAAAUUAACGCAAACAAUUAAAACUAAGGGGAGUGCAGUAAAACAAUUCAAAAGAGAAGUUCUAAAUGAGAGCCCGCUGGCCAUUAACAGUAUUUUCAGACAUGACGUGGUCGCCAACUUCCUGUUUAAUAUUUAUUUGUAAUAUUUUGUUAUUUUUGUAGCCGUUAUGGGAUCGUUUAGCUAUUAGCAGUGUGUUUUUUUAGCAAAGUAAUUUUUAUGUACAGUAUGCAUAUGUUAAUAAACAUGAAAAAUGCUUUAACAUGCAGUUUUUUACUCAACUGGAACAUUUAAUGAUGGAUUAGUUCCAUUUUAGACACAUUUAGCUAGCUAGCAUUUCUAUGCUUACUAGUCGUAGAGGUUGUAUAACAUUUUAGAUUUCUAUUGAAUGUUCUGUAUUUUUUUAUAUCGUUUUUAUAGUUAAUAUGUUUAAUGACAAGUCUGUAGACACUCAAAGCAAUAUAUACCUUUUGCAGAAAUCGUAUC